CAAUUUAAAUGGUACACUUGUUUAGUCCAACCUAUAAAUUAAAUUUGUCUGUGCCCGCCCAUAGGAUUAGCCAAUCCGCUUAACCCAAAAAUGACUUCUCAUUUGUGCAAGAAUUCGACUGUUGAUUUCAGCACACAAAUGUUGCCAAAUAUUGACCCAAUAAAAACUAGUUCCUGUGCACUUGUAGAAUAUACUCUAGGCCCGAUCAAGUGACUGACUCAAGUGGAUCGAUUUGACUUCCUCAAAGACACCGAAGCAUAAACAAUAUACCCUUUAUUACGGCCUGGGAAAAAGAGCCUCAAUUACGCUGAUAAGCAGGUGAAGUUCAAUGAACUGGAUCGAAGGGGAAAACGAAAUCGAAAGGGCAACACAGGGUUGCUGGGUGGCUCGGUCAUUGGUUACUUGGCUUCCACUUUCAGUGGUGCUUAGGUUGGCUGGCCAAAAGCGGCCAGCCGGAAAGCAAAAGUGGUUCGCCACUGGUGGCUCGUUUUAUGGGCCAAAGCUCGGUGCGAUUGAAAAUCGAUGGGUUUCGAGACGCGGGAGCUUUCCGAUGUCGGUCGUUCGAAAAGCCGACUUGACUUCUGCGCCGCCGCCGCCGCUGUUCAAGCUCGGUAUAAAAAGACGAUCGGCGCACGCAUCCCGUGUACACAGUGAUAAGUCUCCGGCCAGAACCACCUGUCACCUCCAUCGACACGGAAAUCGCGCGCGCGUGGAAUCUUUUUGUGCCGAGUGUCAAUUGGAGUUAGCUACCGAUUUCGCAUCUGAUUUCGUACAUCCGCCCGGACAAGAUAUGUCAAAAUACUCGAUACUACUGCUGCUGCUGACUGCGAUUGCGCAGGAACUUACUGUAACGGCAGCGCAAGAUUUGCCCGAAGGCUUUCCCAAGUGCAAACGGGAUGCGAACUUUGACAAAUGCCUGGUGGAUGCGGUCAAUGUGGCGAUACAGCAGCUAAAAGCUGGAAACAAGGAAUUCGGAAUCCCGCCCCUAGAGCCGCUGACCGUGAAGAAACUCGUUAUAGACGCCGGCAAUGCGCCAAUAAAUCUGCGUCAGGCCUUGAAGAAUGUGAAGGUGCACGACAUGAUCUCCACCAGCAAGAUUCAGCGGUACAGGACCGAUCUGGAUAAGCACUUGAUUAUCUGUGAUAGCCGAACGGACCGUAUCGAGAUGAUUGGCGACUACGAGAUGUCUGGUCGCAUCCUUUUGCUGCCCAUCACGGGUCACGGAAAGGCUAAUGUCACGCUAAUCAACAAGAUCGAGCAUCGUCUGAUUGGCGAGCCCUUCGAGAAGGAUGGCGUCAAGUACAUGCGCCUCAAGGAUUACCGGGUGGCAUUCGAUCCCAAGAGGGUGUACAUGAUUGAGAACCUUUUCAACGACAAAACCCUUUCAGAGGGCAUGAAUCGAUUCCUCAACGAAAACUGGGAGACGGUGUUCAACGAGCUGAAGGUGGGAUAUGCCAAGAGUUUCGGACUCAUAUUCAAAGAGCUGUCAAACAAACUGUUUGAAAAGGUUCCCUUCGAUAAUAUAUUCUUAAGUUAAGAGCUACGUGCUAUCACUUACCUAUUAGGUAAUGCCUAAUUUAUGUUACUAAAUAGUUAAUAAAGGAAUUAAAACAUCACAA